GAAUCCAGAGAAGAGGACGAAUGAGAAAAAUAAAAACGCAAACUUUGGCUAUGAUGAAGCUUCUUCGUUUAUCGACUGAGUCCAGAUUCAAAGAAAGGAAAAACAAAAAGAAAAAAGAAGCUUUCUUUCUCUGUUGAGAUUCUCCGCUCAAGUUGUUUACAGCUUAGUACUUUUUUCGAAGAAGGUAUUGUAUUCUAUAAUUGGCUCAUCUAUGAAACCGUAGAAUCGAAUCGUCACUUUAGGUUUUGGGGCCAUACUCCAAUUAGCUCUGUGUUUUGUUUUUAAUUUUUAUACCUCUGACACCUUUUUAAUAAAGUUAAUUGUGUGUGGCCGAAAUUUGUUAUGAAAAUUUUGAUUCUGAUUCGUUUUUGGGACAUGGGUCUCAUAAAACUGAAGUCAAUCAGUUCACGUCCCCUCUUUCGGCUCUAUAUAUUAUAUACAGGUUUGUUUUGCAAAGGGACUUUAUAGAAACAUCUCACGAAGAAGCAGCAGUAGCUUCGUUUCUUCCUUGAGUUUUGGUCGAUCGGGUUUUACUGAGCCUAAUUAUCUCGACAUGGGCUACUAUAACAAUGUCUUUGAUGAAUGCAACGACCAUACUGAUAUAGGUCGAGUUCUACGCGAUGGAAGGGAAGUCAUUCUCCAGGCGUAUAAUUGGGAAUCUCACAAACAUGAUUGGUGGAGAAACUUGGACGGGAAAGUUCCUGACAUCGCAAAAUCUGGCUUUACUUCUGCAUGGUUGCCACCACCAUCUCAGUCUCUUGCACCAGAAGGUUAUCUUCCACAGGACCUUUAUUCAUUAAACUCAGCAUAUGGCUCUGAGCAUCUUUUGAAAUCCUUACUUCGUAAGAUGAAACAGUACAAAGUUAGAGCUAUGGCUGAUAUUGUUAUCAAUCAUCGUAUUGGGACAACGAGAGGACAUGGUGGAAUGUAUAACCGUUAUGAUGGCUCUUCAUUACCAUGGGAUGAACACGCCGUGACUUCUUGCACCGGAGGACUCGGUAACCGAAGCACCGGGGCAAGUUUCAAUGGUGUUCCAAAUGUUGACCACACUCAGCAUUUUGUUAGGAAAGAUAUCAUCGGGUGGCUUCGUUGGCUGCGCAACACUGUCGGCUUUCAAGAUUUCCGUUUUGACUUUGCUAGGGGUUAUUCAGCAAAUUAUGUGAAGGAAUACAUUGGAGCAGCGAAACCGUUAUUCUCGGUUGGAGAAUGUUGGGACUCUUGCAAAUACAAUGGUCAUGGUCUAGACUAUAAUCAAGAUAGCCAUAGACAGCGUAUAAUCAAUUGGAUCGAUUCCACGGGACAGAUUUCUGCUGCAUUUGACUUCACAACUAAAGGAAUUCUUCAGGAAGCCGUCAAAGGUCAGUAUUGGCGUUUAUGUGAUGCUCAAGGGAAGCCUCCGGGUGUAAUGGGAUGGUGGCCUUCAAGAGCUGUCACAUUCCUGGAUAACCAUGACACUGGCUCUACUCAGGCUCAUUGGCCGUUCCCUUCAUACCACAUUAUGGAGGGUUAUGCAUAUAUACUUACUCAUCCCGGCAUCCCCUCUGUAUUCUACGAUCACUUUUACAACUGGGGAAGCUCUAUCCAUGAUCAGAUUGUCAAACUGAUUGACAUUAGGAGGCGACAUGAUAUCCACAGUAGGUCAACGGUCCGCAUUUUAAAAGCUGAAUCUAACUUAUACGCAGCCAUUGUUGGUGAGAAACUGUGCAUGAAGCUCGGAGACGGCUCUUGGUGCCCUUCUGGAAGAGACUGGACUCUAGCAACAAGUGGCCAUCGCUAUGCCGUCUGGCUCAAGUAAUCUUGCUGUUCUUUCUAGACCAAACUUUCGUAUCGAUGUCAAAGGUUCUGGUCUUCAGAGUCCAGUAAUAUAUGUAAUUCAUUUUCUGUACCGGGUUUUACAAUAAUGUCAAGCACUUACGUCUUCAUGACGUAAGAAUUUAUAAGCUAUAUUCCUAUGCAAGUGUUAAAUUUGCAUUUUGUGUGAAUUUUUUAGUUAACGUGUUAUAUACAAAACUGUAUUGCGUGGUGAGAAAGAGUAAUGGAGACUAUAGUAGAAAGGGUUUUACACU